AUGCUCAACAGAUAUUGGGUUUCAACCGUCUAUCAUUGCUUCGUCUCCCAUUCCACCACCUUCUCUGGUGUUAGUGUUGUCACUAAGGAUGAUACUCAAGCUGUUUUGCCUAAAUCUCGAUCUCGUGUUGUUGCUGUUCGUUUACCUUCUAUAACUCCUGCCAAACGCCCGAGUUCUGAUGACAUUGUUUCACCUCCUUCUAAACACCUUUGUGAAAAUUCUUUGAAACAAUCUCCAGUGUCUGCAACACCUGCAAAACGUCCAGCUGAAGAAGAGUGUAUUUCUUAUCGUCGUCUCAAAUCUCUCCGCUUUGAGUAUGAUGAUGUGGCUUUACUUGUUUUUACAGAUCCUAGUAGUUUUGAAGAAGCUAUGUCUAGUGAAGAAGCUGAGUUUUGGCUUGAAGCCUGUGUUAUUGAAAUGUCGUCUCUUAAACGCAAUGUUAAGCGCAAAGCUGACGGUUCAAUUGAACGUUACAAAGCUCGUCUCGUGUGUAUUGGAUUUUCGCAAGUUGAAGGUAUUGAUUAUACUGAAACUUUUGCUCCCGUUGUUCGUUACGAGACUGUGAGGAUUGUUCUUGCUAUUGCUGCUCAGUUUGGGUUCCAGGUUCAUCAUAUGGAUGUCGAGACUGCAUUUCUUAAUGGUGAUCUCAAAGAAGAUAUUUAUAUGAGACAACCUAAAGGCUUUGUUGUCAAAGGUCAGGAAUCUAAAGUGUGUCAUUUGAAGAAGUCUUUAUAUGGUUUAAAGCAAGCUCCUUUGUGUUGGAAUGAGAAGAUUCAUGGUGCUCUUGUCAAACUUGGGUUUAUUCGUAAUGAAAGUGACUACGGUGUGUAUACCAAAGGAUCUGGGUCUACCAUGGUUAUUAUUGCACUGUAUGUUGAUGAUUUACUUAUUUCUGGCAAUUCUUCUGAGGUCAUUGCCAAAACCAAGUCUUCUUUGUCAUCUAUGUUUAAGAUGAAAGACUUGGGCCCAGUCGAGCAGUUCCUUGGCAUGAGAGUUAAGCAGUCACCGUACCAUAUUACUGUGGAUGUUUCACGUUAUAUUUUUGAUAUGUUGGAAGAGUUUGGUAUGCAGAACUGUUCAAGUGUCAAGACUCCUUUACCCACUCGUGAUCUUUCUGAUUUUUCCGAGUCUGACUCUGCUACCGAUGCCUCCAUGUAUCGCAGUAUUAUUGGUAAGCUGAUUUAUGCUGCUAAUUGUGCUCGUCCUGAUCUUGCUGUUGCUGUUAGUUUUCUUUGUCGAUAUAUGCAGAGUCCUAAGUCUAUUCAUAUGGAAGCUGCUAAGCAUACUCUUCGUUAUCUUAAGGGUACUGCUGAACUUGGUCUUGAAUAUCGAGCUCAGAAAGUCUACAAGCUUGUUGGCUAUAGUGAUGCCGAUUAUGCACAGGACAAGCAGGACCGUAAGUCCUUUACUGGUUAUGUUUUUAUUCUGUCUGGUGGUCCCAUUACUUGGGCUUGUCGAAAGCAAGUUAGUCCUGCAUCGUCCAGCGUCGAGUCUGAGUACAUGUCAUUGUCUGAUGCGUCUAAGGAAUGCUUCUGGAUUAAUCAGUUGUUGUCUCUUUGCAAGAUUCCUGUUCCGUUGCCAGUGACUAUGUUUGAGGACAAUCAGGGAUGUAUUGCUUUGGCUCAGAACCCAGUGUUUCAUCGUCGCACCAAGCAUAUUGAUGUUCGGUAUCAUGUUGUCCGUCACUAUAUUCGCAGUGGAGUGAUUCAUCUGGAGUAUCUUGAUACUCAAGUGAUGUUGGCAGAUAUGUUUACUAAGAAUCUUGGUCGUGUGAAGUUUGAGACAUUGAGGGGACUACUUGGUAUGAAGGCAGUAGGUGAUUCUGCGACAAGGGGAGGUGUUGAGCAUGCAAUGUUGUCGCAGACUAGUGCAGUUGAUAAUGCACGUGAGUUUGGGUGGGAAACUAUGGUUGACAAUCUAUGUUUAUUUUAG